AUGGCUUUUGUUCCAGGGUCAUGCCCUAGAGACCCCCUUACCUCGUCCCUCAUGACCCGAAUAAUGGGCGAAAUGUUCAAGGAUUUUGAAAGGAGGAGAGAGAGGGAGGUGGAGAGAAAACGAGACCACACACGAAAACGCCAAGAAGUUUAA